UGAAUGAAACUAUUGUACUAGAAGUGAUUCAUAUUUAUCCUUAAUAGUUGUUGAUUGACAUUUAACUAUAUUGUUGAUUUAUUUAAAACGCCAGAGAGAGCCAACUAAUUAUACUGAAAGCAAAUCAUAUACACUGCAUUUGACAUAAUUUACUACUUUAAAUUUUGCUAAUAAUGCUUUGCUAAGUGGUCGAUAGGUAAAGAAUCGGUACUUCUGUCACUUGAGUUAGUAACGCAAGUAAAACAUAUACAAUUUAAGAUAUUUGAAUCAAAAUGUUAUAUAAUCAAUUUACAUUUCUCCAAAAAUGAAUUGUGUUCUUCUACAUAAUCUGGAUAGCAAUGAACCAGUUUAUGGAAUGUCGUUGUAUUAGUGAUACUUGCAGCAUCGUAAGAAAUGAUAGCGUUUCUUUUCAAUUAUGGCAUUUUCAAACUCUAUUCUAAGUAGUCCUGGAGCUUCUUUACGGAACAUAGAUAGAAUAUUUGAAGAUGCGCAAUUGAAAGGGAAACUAGAACUAAACUGUAGGAAACUAAAAGAGUUUCCGAAAAUAGCUUGUAAAUAUGAUUUAUCUGACGUUGUCUCUGCAGAUUUAUCGAAAAAUCGCCUUGGUGAAUUGCCUGAGGAAAUUUGCUCAUUGUCUCUUCUAGAGGAAUUAAAGUGCUACAAUAAUGUGAUACGUUCCGUUCCAGAGGUUGUCAUCAAUCUUCAGUCAUUAACAUACAUAGAUUUAAGCCGUAAUCAACUUACAGUUAUACCAGUUGCACUAUGCCAUCUUCCAUUGCAAGUCUGUAAUUUGAGAAACAACCGUUUAGUAUCUAUUCCAGAAGAAAUAUCGUCAAUGAAAUGCUUAAGAGACUUGGAUGUUAGUUGCAACGAAAUAACUAUAAUCCCUCCUCAGUUGGGCCAUGUUCAAACUCUGCAAAAGCUCAAUUUAAAAAGAAAUUUACUUUUGGAAAUACCCCUUGAGCUAUGUCAGCUGAGGUUGAUCUUUUUAGACAUUUCUGCCAACAGGAUUUCUACCAUACCCACACAAAUGCGUUACAUGACUUCUUUGCAAGAUUUAAUUUUAGAUCAUAACCCAAUGACAUUCCCUCCAGCUGUGCUUUGCAAAAGAGGAAGAAUUCAUGUUUUCAAGUUCCUUGAAAUCCAAGCUAUCAAAGAAGAUAAGCGUGGAAUAGUUUUAGAAACAGAAUUCCAAAAAUACAGAAGUCCUUCCAUUUUAUCUGAUUCAAGGUUUCAGAACGGCUUUACUUCUGGUAGUUGUAGAAAAAGUUAUACAUUUGAUUCAGGCUACAGCACAUCAGAUGGUGACUGCAGAUCUCAAGAAUCUCAAGAUCUCACUCUUGGCUUCAAAAAAUACUCAGCCGAAUCUCCUAGAUGGGAAAAUGUUGGAAGUUUGGCUGUUAGAAAUCAAAACACAAACACCUUAUUUAAUUAUAUCCCAGUAAAUGGAGAUGAUGGUAAAUUUUCUGAAGAAAAUAGUUCUGAUCCUGUCUCCACUGUCCAAACUUUCAAGGAAUAUAAGGAAGCUUUAAAGAAGAAAAGAGAAUCGGAAACUACAAAUAUCUACAAAAAAACACCUCCGGAAGAAAAUGGAGUUGAGCUUUCUCCCAAGCUUCCAAUAUCGAAAACAAAAACAUCUGUAGCUUCCAAGCAAGUUCUUCGCAGAAACGAAAAUGCUGCUCCACUGUCUGAAGAUGGAUCCAAAGGAAACAACAAUUCCCUAGUCAAUCAAUGGCAUUCAGAGUCAGUGGUGCAACCAGAUAGUCCUGGGGAAAAUAUGCCAAAGAUGACUUAUUCCCCAAACAAUGAUAGUCGAAAAAAAAUGAACUCAGCAGAUAAAAUAUUUAGUCAGGAAGAUAAAGGCUCUCCAUCUUUGAGUAAUGACAAUUCUCAAAGUAACUUUACAUGGCCAAAAACAACUACUACUCCUCCUAAGCCUUUGAAAUCCAGUUUCACAAUGAAAAGAGAAUUUGACAAGGCUAGAGAAGAACAAGAGCUAAUAUCCAGAUUACGAGAGAUACUAGAAUGUAGGCUAAAACUGAAACUUCCUGAUGAUCUAGAGUCUGCAUUAAAUGAUGGUGUGUUCCUGUGUCAUCUAGCAAAUAAUAUUAAAGCUAAUUCUGUUACAUGUAUUCAUGUGCCUUCUCCUGCAGUGCCUAAGUUGACUGUUGCCAAGUGCAGAAGGAACGCAGAUAAUUUUUUAGAGGCUUGCAGGCGUUUAGGGGUGCCAAAUGCAGAACUUCAAAGUUGGGCAGAAUCCUUUCUUGAAACACAAGCUGCUUCCUUGAAAAAUACCAAAGAAAUGCCUAAUUUGGCUGCUUCCUCAACGAGUCAAGUCAUUUUAUCCUAUUUUUUGCUUACUGUCUUGAUUGGCACUGCUUUUUUCCUUUACACUUUUCCUUCACCCGACUGAAAACAAAGUGGCAACUAUUUUUUUAUAAUUCGCUACAACUAAAUCAAACAAAUUAUGCAGAAUUAUAUAUAUAUACAUAUAUAUUUACUCCUUUUAUGUAUUGCAAAUAUAUUAAAUUCCUAUUUAUGAAACAGAGGUUGUCUCAUUUAUUCAUGCUGCUCAAUAUAGUUACUGCACACACC